AUUUUUGGCAAUUAAAAUAUUAAUACUCGAUCCACAUAUCGAAAAAAAAUUCUAUUAAUUCAGACUAUUAAAUUAUUUUUUCGAUUUUACUUGUUCAUUGUACAUUUCUAUAAUUUUUAAGUUUUUAUUGAAUAAUAGACGAAAACAGCUGCAAUCCAGGCUCUCAUGAGUUUUCUUCGUUUUUAUUGAUUCAAAGCGGUUAAAAUAAAAAUAAUAUCUUUAUAUCUAAUAUAUAUUUUUUUGGCGUAAAUAAAUAAUUCCUUUUUUCUACAUAGGUUUUGAAUUCCUGUUUAUAAUUUUUUUCUAUCUAUAACUCAGAUUAAUCUUUCAUUAUCACAUUUACUCAAUUUGCAUUUAAUGCAUAUCUUGAUUUUUCGUCCGCCACCAACGCGCGCGAACGCGAAUAACGUCCAUUAACUCAUUAAUAGAGGGCGCGCGGUAAUGUGCUUACUUGUGAAAAGAUUUAGAACAAUAAGGGGAUAUAAUACGGGACCGCGGUCAUUGAAAUGAGAUUCCCUUGUUGGCCUAAUUGUAUGCUGAGCAUACUUUAGCCAAACAUAUUAAAGAGAACAUUUAUUUAUUUCUCAAUUUACCUUUCUUUUGCAAUAUGUAAAUUUUCUUUACUAUAUUAUAUAAUAUUUCUUAGAGUAGUUAAUUUGUUUUUUGUUCACGCAUUUAUUCGCAGUUUUCAUUUGAUAAUUUUAUUAAUAGUUCUUAAAAUAUAUUAAUCAACUAAUUUAGAUUAUAAAUAUCAAAACAUGGUUUCUCUCACGCGACUUGAACUGUAUAAGGUAAUAGAGGAUGUUCAACCGUCUUCUCGGUUCGAAUUUUUACGAAGCUUUAUUUUAAAUAAAUUAGGUCUUUCGGAAUGUUUGCCUUCUAUCGAAAAAGAUCUGAAUAAUUCUAUUCACCUCUUUCUCAAUAAGAUUACGCAGAAAAAAUUAAAAUUACGAAAAAGUUCGGAUGAAUUCAUCAAAAAAUCAAGAUCAUGGCUAGACAAGGAAUUCAUCAUUCCAAAUUCAUUACUUUCUUUUCGUAAAAAUAAAAUGAAUAUUACGGAAUCUGCUUGUUCCGGUAAACGCGGGCGUCCGAAAGUUCCAUUUGAAGAUGCAAGCGAAAGAACAAAAAGACGACAUUGUUCGGAAUUGUUAUCGUCUUAUUCCGUCGAACAAGUCGCAUCGGCUGCAACUAGGACUUUACGUAAGGAUGAUAAAAGACAAGUUGCUCAUUUCGUCAAUAAUAUUAUAUCGUCUGGCUCCAUUCCAAAACAACCUGAGAAACCUGAGAAUCGUCAAUAUUCAGAAGAUCAAGCGUUAUCAUUACUUAUAAGAGGAAAACUUACGAAAUCCCAAUAUAAUUUAAUCCGUUUGGGAGCAAAGGAGAUGGGAAGUGAUUUGUAUCCUAGUUAUAAACGGAUACUUGAGGCAAAGAAGCAAUGCUAUCCUAACGGAAUUACAGUUACUGAUGAUUCUGCAGAAGUUUCCCUGCAGUCUCUUUUAAAUCAUACGGCUUCUCGUUUGCUUCAAACAUGUGAGACCGUUUUGAUUUCAUUGGGUACAUCAGUACAAAAACUUGAAUUAAUUGUAAAAUGGGGUUUUGACGGUUCAUCUGGACAAUCCCAGUAUAAGCAAAACGCUUCUUCCGGUUUGAAAUCUUCAGAUCACAAUCUUUUUGCGACAUGGCUCGUUCCAUUACAGCUCAGAUAUACUUUUCCAAAUGGAAACAUGGCCAUAUUGUGGAGCAAUCCUCGUUCAGUGAGAUACAGCAGGCCUUUACGUUUUCAAUUUCUGAAAGAAACUGCAACCGUUAUUAGAACUGAAGAAGAAUACGUGACUUCACAGAUUACUAAAUUGUUACCAUUGAAGUUGGAACAACCAUUCGAAAUCAUGGUGAAUUUCAAAAUGGUAUUAACCAUGGCUGACGGAAAGGUAUGGAACGCGUUGAAGGACACCUCCAGCAUGAUGUGUUAUAUAUGUAAGGCAACCUCUAAAAACCUAAAACAGUUAGACCUAUCGAAUCGUUGCAUAGAUGAAUCUGCUUUGUCAUUUGGUAUCUCUCCACUCCAUUGCUUAAUAAGAUAUUUCGAGUGUCUGAUUCAUAUUGCGUACAGAAUCCCACUGAAAAAAUGGCGCAUUACGGGCAUCGAUAAAAUAGAAUUCGAGAAACAAAAAAAAUGCAUUCAAGAUCAGCUCCGACAACGACUGGGAUUAAUUGUAGAUAUGCCAAAGCAAGGAAGUGGAAACACGAAUGACGGCAACAGUGCCCGUAGAUUCUUCGAGAAUCCGGUAGUGUCCAGUCAAAUUACUGGAGUUGAUAAAGAUCUUGUCGUCAGAUUUUCUACAUUAUUGAAAGCCAUUUCUUCUGGUUUUGAAAUUGAUUCCAUUAAAUUUGGAAAAUAUUGUAAAGAAACUGCAGAUCUAUAUAGGAAGGUUUAUAAUUGGUAUCCAAUGCCUCCAACUGUACAUAAAUUAUUGGAUCAUGGUGAGAUGAUUGUAUCGUCAGCCAUUCUCCCCAUUGGGCAGUUAUCUGAAGAAGCUCAAGAGGCAAGAAACAAAGAUUGUCGAUACUUCAGAGAGCACCAUACCAGAAAACGUUCGCGGGUAGCAACAAAUGAGGAUUUAUUUAAAAGAUUACUUGCUUCGUCUGAUCCUUAUAUUACAUCUCUCAGACGAAUGCUUCCCAAAAAAAGUAGCACUAUUUCUGCAGACGUUUUAAAUCUCCUGAAACAACCUGAUAUCAUUAAUCAGGAAGAUGAGUCUGAUGACGAUAAUAACGAUGACGAUGAUUAAAAUUACACUAACUUAAUAAAAAAAAA